GGACCGAUACUUUUCACAUUAUACAUGCUUCCUUUAGGCAAUAUUAUUAGGAAGCAUUGUAUUAACUUCCAUUGUUAUGCAGAUGACACACAAUUGUAUUUAUCUAUGAAGCCAGAUGAAACUGAUCAGUUAGCUAGACUGCAAGAUUGUCUUAAGGACAUUAAAACCUGGAUGACUUUUAACUUCCUACUGCUAAAUUCAGACAAAACUGAAGUCAUUGUAUUUGGCCCCAAACAUCUUAGAAACUCGCUUUCAAAGCAAAUAGUUACUCUGGAUGGCAUCACAUUGGCCUCCAGUACUACUGUGAGGAAUCUUGGAGUUAUUUUUGACCAGGACAUGUCCUUUAACUCACACAUAAAGCAAGUCUGUAGGACUUCCUUUUUUCACCUGCGUAAUAUUGUAAAAAUCAGGAACAUUCUGUCUCAGAGUGAUGCAGAAAAAUUAGUUCAUGCUUUUGUUACUUCCAGGCUUGACUAUUGCAAUUCCUUAUUAUCGGGUUGUCCAAAUAGCUCUCUCAAACAUCUACAGUUGAUCCAAAACGCUGCUGCCAGAGUACUGACAGGAGUUAGCAAAAGAGAUCAUAUUUCCCCUAUACUUGCUUCUCUUCACUGGCUUCCUGUUAAAUCCAGAAUAGAAUUUAAAAUCCUUCUUCUGACAUAUAAAGCUCUUAAUAACCAAUCUCCAUCAUAUCUUAAAGAUCUGAUAGUACCUUAUUAUCCUAGUAGAACUCUUCGCUCUCAAACUGCAGGCUUACUUGUUGUUCCUAGAAUUUCUAAAAGUAGAAUGGGAGGCAGAGCCUUCAGUUAUCAGCUCCUCUCCUGUGGAACCUGCUCCCAGUUUGGGUUCUGGAGGCAGACACCCUCUCUAUUUUUAAGACCAGGCUUAAAACGUUCCUUUUUGACAAAUCUUAUAGUUGGGGCUGACUGGGUGACCCACAGGGGUUCGGCUUGUGUCUUCAUUGCACAGCUGACUCCCUCUUGGACGUCCCUUCGUUCUGCCUCUAGUCAUGCUGCUAUAGGCCUAUAGGCUGCUGGGGGACUUUUCUUGACGCACUGAGCCCUUCUCUAUCUACCUUUACAUUUAAUAUGUAUACCGUUAUUGCAGUACAUUCACUCUGUUUCCCCCUGUGCUAUUUCUCCGAGUGUCCCUGGUCCCAGAGCUGGAUGCUUCAGAUCUGCGGUCGAUGUUCCACCAGCUGGUCCAGUCUCCAUCAUGUCCACUGUGGGAUGCUGCUACUGACCUUCCACCAGCCCUCUGCUUCCAAUUCCCUUUUUCCACGAGUCAACUCUGCAUCGCCUUCACUAUACUGCAGAUGGGUCCCCCCUAUUUGAGCCGGGUUCUGCUCGAGGUUUCUUCCCUGUUAAAAGGGUGUUUUUCCUGCCACUGUCGCCUUUGGGCUUGCUCUGGGGGUCAGGCAUAUGGGUUCUGUAAAGCGUCUUGAGACGAGUUGACUGUAAUUGACGCUUUAUAAAUAAAAUUGAGUUGAAUUGAAUUGAAUCUAUCCUCACCCCUUCAUCUGUCCUCACCCCUUCAUCUAUCCUCACCCCUUCAUCUAUCCUCACCCCUUCAUCUGUCCUCACCCUUUCAUCUAUCCUCACCCCUUCAUCUAUCCUCACCCCUUCAUCUGUCCUCACCCCUUCAUCUAUCCUCACCCCUUCAUCUGUCCUCACCCCUUCAUCUGUCCUCACCCUUUCAUCUGUCCUCACCCCUUCAUCUGUCCUCACCCUUUCAUCUAUCCUCACCCCUUCAUCUAUCCUCACCCUUUCAUCUAUCCUCACCCUUUCAUCUAUCCUCACCCUUUCAUCUAUCCUCACCCCUUCAUCUGUCCUCACCCCUUCAUCUGUCCUCACCCCUUCAUCUGUCCUCACCCUUUCAUCUAUUCUCACCCCUUCAUCUAUCCUCACCCCUUCAUCUAUCCUCACCCCUUCAUCUGUCCUCACCCCUUCAUCUGUCCUCACCCUUUCAUCUAUUCUCACCCCUUCAUCUAUCCUCACCCUUUCAUCUAUCCUCACCCUUUCAUCUAUCCUCACCCUUUCAUCUAUCCUCACCCCUUCAUCUGUCCUCACCCCUUCAUCUGUCCUCACCCCUUCAUCUGUCCUCACCCUUUCAUCUAUUCUCACCCCUUCAUCUAUCCUCACCCCUUCAUCUAUCCUCACCCCUUCAUCUAUCCUCACCCCUUCAUCUGUCCUCACCCUUUCAUCUAUCCUCACCCUUUCAUCCAUCUCUAUACUCACUACAUUAAUAAACACUCUUGUAUUGUUUCAGAUUAAAGUGUUUUUACAGUUCUUAGUGUUCUACUAUGAGCUUCUCCUGCAGAACCUUCUCUGGUGUUUUUUGGUCACGUGAUGCUGCAGGUCCUGAAGGUCUGUUCUGGUCCACGGUUCUUCAGCAGAACCACCAGACGAUCUCCUGUUUGUGGUGAUUUUCUGUUCCUUCAUUGGAACUUUAAUGUUUGAGGUUCUGUGGAGAACAAUCUUAGAAUAUUUGUGUUUUCUUUAGAUUCAUUUUUACGACCUUUUAUGGAACGUUUAGACCAAAAUGUUCAAAUCCAACCUUUAAACGUUUCCUCUCAUCAGAACCCAACGUUCUGUAGAGCUUCAGCUUUA